AAUUAUGACAGCUGAUCCAUAACCUCGAUCUUUCCGAUUCGUAAACAAACGCGAUUUGAAAUAGAUGAAGACGUGUAGGAAAAUUUGACAAACAUGGAUCAAAAAAUUCUCCAAAAAAUAUUCGAGAGUUGUACUAGUGUCAUGAAAGAACUCGAGAAGAAGAAAAAAAUUGAAAAAGUGGUUGAUAGUUUUCCUGUGCUUGAUCAGACUUCAGUCAGUGCACUUGCGAGCUCGUUGAGCAAGUUAUUGUCUUAUAAAGUGUCCCCAGACGCCUACCAAAGGUAUUCAGCGAGGAUUCAGAUAAUUGAGCUAAUGAGGGAUUGGAUUCAGCCCCCUCUGGGUCUCAGUACCUACCCCACCUUUCACCAGGGUGAAAACAUGGCGGAAUUCAUCCUGAUCCUCAUUAAAAAAUAUCUCAACAGAGACACUCUCCUAAAUCAAAAUAAUACUCCAAAGAAUCUAGUCAAAUUAGGAAAAUUGCUCUUUAAUCUGUCAAAACAGAACGCAGUUUAUGUUCGUCAUUUCAAAAUGUUCCUAGAAAAAAUCGAAUCCUCUGAACUGUCCUGCAAUGAGACUUAUGAUUUCGUGAAUGAUGUGUUGAAUAGUCGAGACGAACUGGAGCUAGAGCCCUCUCUCGUUGAUAAACUCCACGCUAUAAACGCCAAACAAUUUAUCGAGACUCCUCUCAUCGAUAAUUUUAUCAUGAAUUUUGAGACGUUGAAAACUAAAGGACAAUUAUCCACUUCAGAUGAAUUCGAGAGAAUGAUUACUCUGAUUUCCUCGUCUCCGAGGCUAUUUCAACUAGCCUCUGGCAUUCUGAAACAAGUAUUCGUACACUGUGAUCUUCCUUUAUUGGUGAUUGAUUACAUUCAAUUUGUAUUAAGAAACGUACUGUCUCAUCGUAAUAGUAAAAAUAUGACUCUCGACCUCUAUCCAACACAUUUGCAAUCAUACGUGGCAUUACUGAGGAUCGACAGUAAAUAUCACACUGAAAGUUCAAAGAAAUAUAUUCUCAAGUCACUCAGUGACAUGUACUUAAAAAAUACAGAGCAAGUUUUAAUUCUAAUGUUACACUAUCCAAAUUGGCUUGAGGAAUUGUCGAAUUACGUGAGAGAUUUUAUUUAAUAAAUUGUACAGAUGUAAUUGAAAUAAUUUAUUUUUCAAUGAAAAAAAAAUGUGAAUAGACUCGAGUUAUCUAAAACCAUUGAUCUGCAUUUUAUUUUCCACCCAAUUCUUCAGUAAAGUACAUCUUUAAAUUUUUUUCAUUAAUAGUAAUUAAUUAAUCAUAAAUUUUGUCUCAUUCUUGUUCUGAAUCAACGCUUUCAUGUACGUCGUGUGCAAUUGGGAAUUAAUUACAUACGUACAUUUACACUAAAUAUUUCUCCAUUAAAAUGAAAUUUCUCGCGUUUUUUGUUUAUUUAACAAACAGUUCAGGCCUGUAGCUACCAUCACCAUCAUUAUUUCAUUAUUCUUUUAAAUCUGUCUUCAACCGUGUGCUGUCAGAGGAAACGGAAACGUGAUUCUUUUAUUCUUCAUUAAUUAAUCGUCAAUUAAUUCUUCGUUUGAACACUCAUACUACCGUGCUACGAAUUAUCUUUUCAUUAUUUUUUUUUACAUAUAUAUAUAUUUCAUACGUCUUCAUUGCUUUCUCCUCACGACGCUCUUGCACUUGAAUUUAUUCACUAAUUUUUUUUCUUAAUGCAGCGAGUUUUUUAUUUGUACGAAAUUAAUUGGAAAAUUCAAGAGACUGGGGAGGGGGACGAUUUUUAUUUAAUCAUUAAAUUUUUCACUUGAAAUUUAAGAACAUGGCAGUGAUGUGCUAUUCUUUUCUACGCUCAGAAUCCAUGCACAUUCAAUGGGAUUAUCCCAUCGUUUUAUUAUCCAAUUAUUUAUAAAAAAAAUUUUCCCCAAUUACAUCUCUACAC